ACUUGUUUCGACGGUUUCCUGCCUGCUCUCUCUCGCUUUGCUUUGCUUGCCCUGGCCACGGAGUCGGACUCUCUCGCGUGCUUAGCUUGCUCCCACUCGGAUGCGUCGCGUAGCUUUGAAGAUCUUUUCUCUUAUGCUGGUAGGGUGGGCGCUAGAUGCCCGUAGUACUAGACGGUUUUAGAUUUGGUGAGGUGUAGCGAUGGCGGAACGUUGUCGAGGCGGGAGCAGGGUUGCCUCUGCGGAGUUCGUUGCGGUGUAAGAUAAUUUUGAGGCAGAUGGUGAUCUUGAAACGGGAGUGCAGAUGAUGGCAGCCAUGACGGAGACAGUCGGGGACAGGAAGUUAUCGGACGGGCGUGCUCCUUUUUCGGACCAUCUUUCCGCUCGAGGUUUCAAUGCUGAAACUUCUGACAUCCUCGAUUGCUCUAAAACACUCGUGCACGAUUUACUAAAAGUACAACCCUGCGAAACUCCUAAGGAACAGGACAUGUCUGCAAUGCAAACUUGUAUAGCAGCUGCUGAUAGUAUAGGGAUGAAGACAUUACAACACAUUGUGGAGUCUCUCGAAACCAGACUACAGAGUGCAUUGAUGCACGCGGUAAUGCAAGUUUUGGAGCCUUUGGGAAAGGAAGCGGCUGCUCGAGUGGUUAUGGCUGAACGCAAGGCAAAAAUUAUGGAGCAGGAGCAUAUCAACACUAAGCAGCAGGCUCUUGCGAUGAUGCUUCGUAUCAAGCACAGUUCGGACUUUAUGCUUGUUGAUGCCGAGAAGAGAUUGCGCUUAGAACAAAGACGCUCGCAAGAGCUAGAUGCUAAAGUUUGCAACUUGCAAGACAAAAUUAGACGAUUGCAAGUGGAGUUGAAGAGAAAGGGGGACUUUUUGGAGGAGAUGCAGAAACAAUCCCAAUUAGAUCCUGGGGUUAGAUCAGGGAUGACAAGUCCUUGCGAAGGUAUUCUCAAGAAGCGGAAAGGAAGUCCUUCAGUCAGGCCUAUUGAAGUGAAAUUUGUUCAAAGAUGUGAUGAAUUUUUAGAGGACGAGUGUAACGAUACUGCAACCGUUUUGACUCCUCAUACCGAUGAGCCUAAUUCAGUUCUUGGUAGGGGUCUAGUUCAAUUCACCCCUCAGAACUUGUCUGUUCAAGAAUCUUCUCGGGCUGCUUUAACGGAUAACAGGCAAGGACCUCCAGCAUCGCUGCUAAAACAUUUAGGUGAUGGAAGUGCACCAAGGUUAUCUGACAAGGAGAUCAACUCUUUAGCUGCUAGUACUGCGGAGCAAAAUAACACCUUAGCUGGAUCAAAAAGCACUGGCGAAAAAUCAGAUGUCGAGGAAGAUUUAGACUCAAAUGACCAACAUGAGAGUAGAUCACAAGGGCUAUUUCAAACUGCUGAUAAGAAGGCUCUAAGUACACAUGCUUCUUCAGCUAACAAGGAAGACGUGGAGGUUAAUGAUGAUGGCUUUCAAAGACUCAUCGCUUUGCAAGGAGUUGCAUCAAUGGACAUGCCUGAUUUGCAAAAUGGUGACAGCAUUUCAGGACUGAAGUUGGAGGUAGGAGCUGAAGCUGAUGCCGACAAUGAUUCUUCGACUGAUGACGAGGAGGAAUGUCAAUUCAAGCAGAGAAAUGCGAGUCGUAAUGCGCAACCUAAAUCUCCAGUGGUUACUGGGCUUCAUGACGUGGUUCCAGGGACUACCAAUGAAAUAGCAUCAAAAAGUAGUCUAGUUGAACAGGCAGUGGUGCUCAGACGUUGCUCCACAGGGAGGAGGGGUAAACAGCAAUUUUCUCCUGAGAAACUAGGGGCUCUUUUGCUGAAAGAAAAAGAAGAGAAAGCAUCUGGCUACAGUAAAGGUGCAGAAAGUAAUGCAUUGGCAAAGUCGAAAGGCGGUUCAGUGGAUGGCUCUAGCAAUUUAUUGAUGGAAUCAUCACGAGACAGCAGAAGACUGAUGCAGGGUGCCCGCCAGCUACUAUCUCUGCGGAAACUUUGAAAUCUUUGGAGAGGAGCUUACAUAUUGCCAGUGGCAAUUUUGAGCGUUGAUGAUUAGAAGAAUGAUAAUGAGCUUUGUGAAUAUACGAAUUGUACAUCUUCAGUUUCUUAUUCUCUACAUAACUUUCAAAUUUGCCUCUGGUUCAGCCUCCACUGCAGUACACAGGAGAUUCUUAGGACGUAUUGUCUGUGCAGUAUAACUUAGUACUACAAUAAAUUUACGACAGAUUGCGGGAGUCAGCAAUUGUCAUGCUUCGAGAAGUUUGUGAAUAUUCUUGCAUUUUAGUGGUGUUCUUUUGGUCUAAAACCAUCAUAUUUGGAAUUAGACGAUGUGGACAACGAAGUUGUUAUUUGUAAGACGGUAUUUGGUAUUAAUUGGAUGUGCAGUUUGCGGUACUGGAACAGCACACUUGAACAGAGGUGAACUGAAGGUUAACAUGAGCCGACUAUUCAGAUCUUCGAUUAGUAUGAUGAUGGAUUUCUUAUGCAAUAAAAGUUAUUAGAAGGAAACAGAGGUGAGGUGAUGAUGUAUUUAAUACAAAUCAAGUAUUAAUGAGAUAACUCUUCAUUGAGUUAAAGGA